AGGACCCAAGAUUCCACAAGGCACGGCUGUGGCAGUAGCACACAAACGUUACUGGUUUGGCGGUAGCGGGAUGAUUUCUUUUAUUUAGAUGAUGAUUUAGUUGCUAAACUUGGUUUUUAAUCGCAUCCAGAUUAUUUUUAUGGACGAAUACAAAUUGAUCGACGUUUAAAGACUGUUCAGGUAACGUUAGAAAAAUGCCUUUGCAUGGAAAGAUUGUGGUCAUUAAGAGGAGUGGAGGAGAUGGAACUGAAUUUCCUUUGACUACAUCGUGUCUGUUUGGAAGGAAGGAAGAGUGUGAUAUUCGUAUUCAACUUCCAAGUGUUUCCAAGGAGCACUGCAGGAUUGACUUGAAUGAAAAUAAAGAAGUGAUUUUAACCAAUCUGAGCUCGGUCAGUCUAACACGUGUCAACGGAAAAGCUCUGCAACAGUCGGAACGCUUAAAGCACGGAGAUGUUAUAACCAUUCUUGAUCGUUCUUUCAGGUUUGAGUAUCCGCCGGCUUCCACACCAAAAAAGAGGAUCUCCACAGGGGCCAAAUCUGAAACCCUCAAAAUUCUUCAGGAAGUGAGUGAUGGUGUUCCUGCAGAGAGCAGAGAAAAGAGGUCAUCUAGAGUGUCCAAAGGCGCCCAUCUUAAAGAUGGAGCUAACAUCGACAACAUUCAGCGAUCUCUGGAGAAGGAGUUGGCGAUCGACUCAAAGGAAGAUGAAAGCCAGCUGCAAAACAAGACCAACUCUCCUUUUGGCGAUCUGUAUCAAAUGAUCAAAAAAUCUCUGGAUGUCGAGACCCCUCGCAAAUCUACUUCAAGCCAGGUUCAGACACCAUCUUCCAGGCUUUGCACUCCAAAGCCCCGCGACAAACCUGCCGUCUUCAUUCCCAUGAAGGAAGGAGCUGAACUAUUUGCACAUCCUAAAGAUAAAGGCAGCGGAACACCGUGGUCAGUCAAGAACCAUGGAAGAACCACCCAGGUUUCUUCUGCUGCUGAAUCCAGCGUGGUAGAAGGUGAACCUGCCACCAUGUCUGAAGCCACUUCAGUACAGAGGAGAAGCAGCGCAACUCCUCAGAGGUUUAGUGUGGCUGAGGUCCUGGAGCAAAUUUCCUCCCAAACAGUCAAAUCACCGACUAGAAGGAGGAGUAAUGGGACCACACCGGCUAAAUCUGCAGCCUCCACUGAACAAGAGGAGCAAGCAACUAAGUCCCCUAAAACUGAAACUCUUAGAAGAACAUCUCCAAGAAACCCGGGAACAGCUGAGAAAGUGGUAGAGGUCUCCAAGAAACGCAAGAGUGAAGAGCUUGGACCAGACCUUCCAGCAUCAAAGAUGAAGAAGAAACGAGUUUCCUUUGGGGGUCAACUGAGCCCAGAGUUGUUUGAUAAGCGCCUGCCUCCUGAUUCUCCGCUGCGUAGGGGAGCCACUCCACGGAGGAGCUUGUCUCUCUUAAAGCCCAAACGGUCACUGCUUAGAAGAGCCUCAGUCAUCGGCUUGCCGACCAAGAGAAGUCCCGUAAAAGCUAAGACUCCACCUAAGAAGUAUACAAGUGCUUCUCCCAAGACACCAACUGGGAACAAGUCACCGAAAUCUGGGUCUCCUUCUCCCGAGCAUAGCUCUUCAGCCAAGAAGUCUCCACAGUCAAAGUCCUCUUCUCCCAAGUCUGCAUCCCCUGGGAGAAAGUCUCCCAAACCAAAAUCUCAGAAGUCUCCAAAAUCUGCUUCUCCUGCAACAACUUCUCCCAAAUCCAAGAGUUCUUCCCCUGCUCAGGAAAAGUCACCUUGUACAAACAAUGCGGAAACUCCCCCAAUGAAGAAAUGGCCAAGAACUCAACAAAAGAGUUCAAGCCCUGGUCAGCAGAAGAGCUCUUGUCUGUCGGAGUCAACUCCCGUCUCUCUGAAAGACUCUUCCUUGAUUGGCAUCACACCAGGUGGCGUCCAGACCCCAAUGGUGCAGGGGCGCUUCUCUGUGUCCCGGAUCUGCACCCCCUCCCCAUCUGGAGAGGCUGAUUCUCAACAGGAGCUCUCCGUCACUGUUACUCCCAAAGUGCAGCUGAAGAGGAAAAGUAUGAAAAGCACUUCUCUGAAGACCCCAAGUGUUUCCAGGAGCGCUGUGAAAAUUCUGCAGAGAAGAAGUGGAAUUUCACGAGCAUCGAUGAAAGUCUUGAAUUCCUGGGCAGAUAUUGUUAAGUUUGGACAAACUAAGGCCCAAGUUGUUGCUCCUGCUAAACAAAAGGUCGCCCAAAAAACGGCAAAGAAGCGUGUGUCUAAACUCCAGACACCUGCCCGGAACCUCAAGGGCCAUGCGAGCACUGGGCACGCAGAUUCUCCUGCUACCAUCGUUGUGGGCCGAGCUCACAAACGAAUGGUUGUGCAUCAGACCGGAGCCGCACCGAAGGUGGUCCUCAACACCGCACUCUUCAUAAAGGACAUGAAGAUGGAUGAGGACUUGACUGGUGUUUCUGAAAUGUUUAAAACUCCCGCAACUAAGAAGAAGAGGAGAUCUCUCAGGAAUGAAAGCAGCGGCACAAAAACACCAGCAGCACCUCUGGGAACAUCUGCGAUGGAGCCAUCAGUGCUGAACACACCAGAGGAGCCGGGUGAGAUGAUGGUAUCUCCACUUAGUGUAGCUUCGACCGUGAAGAGUCAAAGGUACAAUAGUGAAGCGGUCCGACGUCUCCUCAGUGGAGAUCAAGAAUCAAGCUUCAUCGGUGAUGUUUCUGCCCCUGAAGUUCAAUCUGAGUCUAGCAAACAGCAGAGGUCAUUGGUAACGACUCCUAAACAGAAACCAGAGUUACCAGAGUUCCUCACCGGGGUCAAGAGAAUCAUGAAGACUCCAAAACAGAAGGCUGAGCCCAUUGAGGAUCUGAGAGGGAAGGUUCUGAAAACACCAAAGCAGAAGGUGGACCAACAGGAGUGUCUCACCGGGGUCAAGAGAAUCAUGAAGACCCCGAAACAGAAGGCUGAGCCCAUUGAGGAUCUGAGAGGGAAGGUUCUGAAAACACCAAAGCAGAAGGUGGAACAACAGGAGUGUCUCACUGGGGUCAAGAGAGUCUUCAAAACUCCAAAACAGAAGGUGGAACCACUUGAAGAUCUUAGAGGAAAACUUUUGAAGACUCCAAAAACUCGAGAGAGUGUUGAAGUGAGUUUGGAUGGUGUCAAGGAGCUUCUGCAGACCCUGACCCCUGUGCAACAAUCCAACAUAACCAGCAUGAUGUCAUCAAACUCAAAGAGCUCCCUGAAAAUAUGCCUCAGUGACGUGAAGACGGUCGUGAAAACUCCCAGAGUGAAGUACCCUGCAGUAGAAGAUAUGGUUGGUCUGAAGAGGCUGGUGAGAACUCCAAAAGAAAAAGGAGAACCUGUCACAGAGAACUUUGGGAUCAAAAGGCUUAUGAAGUCACCAAGGUUGAGGGGUGUUGCUCCUGUGGAAGACUUUGAGGGUCUUCAGGAGCUCAUGCAGGAGCCACCAACUUACUCCACACAAAUGGAGAUGAAUGAGGUGGUAAUGGAAACCUUACCUCCUGAUGUUCUUCAGCAACCACCUGGAGAGGAUAACAAAGAUAACAGUUUACCUGAAGUGGAGACAUCAGAGGACAAAGUGACAGAAGUGGAGACAUCAGAGGACAAAGUGACAGAAGUGGAGACAUCAGAGGACAAAGUGACAGAAGUGGAGACAUCAGAGGACAAAGUGACAGAAGUGGAGACAUCAGAGGACAAAGUGACAGAAGUGGAGACUGAAUCCAUUCUUGAGAAGAAACCUGUUAGAGGCAGAAAGGCAAAAAUAGUUGAAUCUAGAAAAGCUACAGGCAAAAAGGAGGCACUGGAACUUUCUGAAGACCCCGUCGCUGUUUCUCCAGUAAGAGGACGAAGAGGGAAGAAACCUGAGGCUGCUCGGCCACAACCUGCUGUUAGGCACACGACCAGAGGCAGAAAAACGGAGGUGAAUGCUAACGAAGAGAGGGCCCCUCAGCCUUCAAAGGUUGCUCCUAAGCUGACAAAAGGGAGAAAUGCCAGAAAAGCCCCAGAGGAUGCAGCUGAACUGGUCCAAGACAUAGUUAUUCUUGAAGAUGAGGUAACUCCAGACCAUGAGGAGGAGAAGCCACCAGCUGAUGCAGAACACAAAGUCGAUGAGAACGCAGCACCGGUGAAGAAAAGUGAGCUGAAACCCAAACGAGGGACAAAACCUAAACGAGCUGCAGCACAGCAACGACCAGAUGAGCCCCGUCUGCAACCUGAAGAUGUUUCUCAGGCUGAAGAACCAAAAGAUGCAAGUGAAACCUGCAGUGAGCAGCUGGAGGUGUUGCCAGUCGCUCAGGCUCCUGAAAUGAUGAACCCGCCCAGUGACGAGGUAGCUUGUGAAGCCACACAAACCAAACCAGCUGCUGUUGGGAAGAAGCCUGUCCGAGGCAGAAAGGCAAUGUCAACCGAAUCUAAAGAGGCUGAACCGAAACCGGAUGCUGCAGAACCAUCAGAAGAGCCCGUUGGUCCUGCUCUAGUCAGAGGAAGACGGGCAAAGAAAACAGAUGCCGCAGCGCCCUCUGCUGUUCUGAGAACCACUAGAACCAGAAAUGCUAAAUCUCAAGACAUGACCACUGAGCAGCCAGCUGUUGAAACACUGGUGAUAACGGGGGUUUCCACUGAAGCCAGUGACGUCCAAACCACCCAGGAGAAAAUGGAUUUGCUACUCCAUUUAGAAAAGGUUGCAUCAAAACCAGCCAGAGAAAGAAAAGCAAAGCCAACUCCUGCUGAGCCAAAGAAAUCUGAAGACGAGAACAGUGAAAAUGUUGCCUCUAAUGCUCAACAUCCUCUGCCAAUUCCUUCUGCUGCUGGAAAACCCAAACGAGGAAGAAACGUCAAAGUUGAACAAAGCAAGGUGGUUGACAACACGGACGUACCUGAAGAGAUCAAGCCUCAGCCUCCCGUGAGGGCUAAGAGAGGAAGGAAUGCCCAACCGAAAGAGGAGGUUCAAAAGGAUGUUGAUGUCAUAACUACCUCAGAAGAGAAAUCCAACUGCCAGGAACCAGUUAAAAAAUCAAGGAGAACAAGAAAAGCUGAGCAGGAACAAGUCAAACCAACAGAAGAAAUCCAAACUGAUGAGGUGGUUGUCCCAGAGAAGGCAGACGCUCCACCUGCUGAACCAGAAAAGAGUGAACAAGCUACUGUUGCUGCAAAGCCCAGAAGAGGAGGACGAAAAGCAAAACCAGACACAGAAAGUGCAACUCCUGGUUCUACAGAGGUCUUCGAUGGCUCCACAGGAAAUCCAAAAGGGUCGAGAGGUAAAAAGCACGACUCUAGAGAAGUUGUUACAGUUGAAAAUCCUCACCAAGAGCCUGAAGAGCAGAAAAGUACCAGCUCGUCUCUGCCCAUUAAAGCUGGUGGCGCAAAAGUGAGAAAAACUGAGGUUACACAAGUCAUUCCAGCAAAGAGAGCACGCAGAGGAGCAGAGGCCCACGUUGAAUCAGCAGUACAGGCAUCAGAACCUCCUCCAGCACUCUUCAAACCCACAAAAAGGGGGGGACGAGCUGCAGCCAAGGUCCCAGAAGCUGAGGUCACGGUUACCAACGAGCCGGUAAAACCGGCUGGUGAGGAAAAUGCAAACACAAAGAAAUCUGUGAGGUUUGAUUCAGGUCUGCAAGUCCUGGAAAUUCCAAGAGAACCCCCUGCAAAGGCAGUUAGAGGUAAAAGGGCAAAACCUGCAAACACAACAAGCAAAAACACAUCAAAGGAAACCAACAAACCUGAAGAGGAGGAUCUCUCAGAGAAAAUUGAAGCUGAACCUGCAAAGAGAGGUAGACGAGGAGCGAAGGCUGCUGACACGGCGGCAGCAAAACCCAGGGAAGAGAGUGUCGCUGAAGCCGAGCCGCAACCCAGGACCAGACGAGGGAGACAGGCAAAGAAAUAACCUGUAAAUUGUAUUAAUCAUUAUUACUGUUUUCCUUUAUUCGUUUCUUUUUAUUAAUUGGAUUUAGAUUUUAUUAAUUGGAUUUAGAUUUUAACACCUAGCUGAUUUUACUGUGAAUAAAGCCAGUUUGUCUUUUUGUCUCAACUCAUCAGGGAUCUUAGGCAUUUGUUGUUGGGGGAGGGGUUAUGCUUUUGCAAGUUGUAUGUUACUCAAUACAAGUUCAGCAAAUAAUUUUAUGGUGGGAAAAAUAAAAUUUUUUACAAUGGAAAAA